UUCAAAUAAAUUACCAAUAAUUUUCUUAUAAAGGACCCCAUGAGCAUCUACUCAAAUGCAAGCAUAUUUUUGGUGCUUGAAAAACUACCAAUUUCCAUGAAGCUGAUUGUCAUCAAAUGGAAACCCAUCUCUAUUGUUUUGCUGCUGCUUCUCAUGCUUUCCAUGCCUUGUUUUUUUGCAGGGAGCUUUGAUGUUUCGGAUAGAGAAAUCUAUGAGAUUGAUUAUAGAGGCCCGAAGACACACUCUUCAAUCCCUCCACCCGAUAAUUCUCGUCAUCGCCGGCAUUCGAUUCAUCGGGAAACCAAUACUUUGUCACCCCAUGAAAGAAGAAAUGUCAGGAAAAUCCAUGGGUGAUUAUUUGGAAAGAAGUAGAAUGUUCAUGCUAGGUUUUGGCUAUUUGUUGGUUGCUUUCUCUUCUUAGAUGUGAAGACUUUAUGUGAGAAUUGAGAAAUAUUGGUUAAUUUAGGUUUUUAAAUUGUAAUAGUCAACCUCUAUUUUGCAAAAAAAAAUAUUUUGUUUUAGGAUUUUUAUAAAGUAUGAGUGAUUAAAAGUAUUGAUUUACGAUUGAUA